AUGGGCGUCCAAAACCAGGUGGGGCGAGGGGCGCCGCCGCGGCUUCUCACGGGCUGGGCUCUCACGCUGCUCACGCUGCGAGGCGACGCCGACUGGGCCGUCUCGGCGGCCAAGGAGUUUCCAGCGGAGGAGCCCGCUCCGGCGGGCAUCGCCGACUGGACCACCCCGUCGGACCCGCGCCGCAAGAACGGGCGCAAGGGCGCACGUCCGCCCCGAUCUGCCGCGUCAAGAACAUCUCCCCAGUUCGGCGGCAGCAACGGGUUCGGAUGCCUGCUCGGAACGGACGGCAACGAGGGCAUCCUCGGUGGCAAAGGCAAGGCGACCGGCGGCUCCACGCCGUCGACAACAGACUCGGGUGCGACGGUCGACGUCGAGACGACCACGAUUACCACGCUGGAGGGCUCCGUCUCUGCCUCCGGCCGGUUCCCGUGGUCAAAGUCCUACAGCUUGCUCCGCCUCUUUAGCAUCCUCGCGCUGUUCUGCCUCGGAGCCGCGUUUGCGCACUCCUCGUACUCUGCCACCGCCGCGCUUCUCUCCUCGCAGCGGUACGACUGGCCGUGGCCGCGAGCGGCUGCAGCGCCGCCUCCACCCACGCCGUUGCUUCACUUGGCCGCGAGCGCGAAUGAACUUCCGAAGGAGCAGCCCGAAGGCGAGCCGACGCUCGCCGACGGCUGCCGCUACGUCUUCCUUGACGUGGGCUCAAACAUCGGCAACCACGUGCGGUUCCUCUACGAAGCGGAGAAAUUUCCGGGAAGCUCAUACGCCAAAAUAUUCAACGAGACCUUCCCGGUUAAUCGAGGGAGGCCGGAUGUGUGCGCGUUCGGAUGGGAGGCAAACUCGGCGCACGUGCCGUGGCUAAACCGUCUCCAGCAGGCGUACAAGCAGCAAGGAUGGCUCGCGCACUGGUUUGCUCCCGUGGCGGUGGCAGACAAGGAUGGCACCAUUGAAUUCUGGCACGUGAACGAUACGUACGACAAGAGCCACAACGAGUGGAGCUACUCGAUGCGACAUCUUGGCGCAGGGUUCAAGGAGGUCGUCCGUGCCAUGGAUUUGGCUCGGUGGAUCAACGCGCAUGUGCAUCGCCGACGCGUGCCCGACGCGAUCCGUGAGGACGACCCGCCCCCAGCUGUGGUGAUGAAGAUGGACAUUGAGGGCUCCGAGUUCUCCGUCCUGCCCAGCCUAUUGGCCACCGGCGCAAUGUGCUCCAUCUCCUAUUUGACCGUCGAGUACCAUUGCGCCGGUAGCCCUAAAAAAAAAGACAAGUGUCACAUCAGGAAGAAGCACCUGAAGGAUGCCCUGGACAGUGCAUACGCGGUGAACUCAAUACCGCUCCCACGUGCACAAGAUACCUCCGACCUCGAGACUUCGGCCAUGGCGCUGCCAAAGUCGGACCUCACAAGAUACCUUACCGACAACAUUCGAAGGCCAGCCCGGCGCCACUUCCCCCAGCGAGCGCAUUAUCGACAGGACGCGCAUGAGCGCCCGGCCCAGCGCACGUGA